AGCACGCCAGCCCCCGGCCCGGCGAGGGCUGCGGCGUGGGACGCUGGUGCCUGCCGCCGCCUCCCUGGCAGCGUUGGCACAAGGAGCUGGGCUGGACGACCUCUCCGCGCCCCGGCUGCACCAGCAGGACGGGGGCAGCAACACACGCCCAAGUGUUUUGUUCGCCAUUGGGCCUUGAUUAGGAGCUCUGCGGCCGGACAAUUAAAAUGCAGCGCUGGGGCAUGGCCGUCAAUGUGUACUCCACAUCGGUGACCAGUGAGAACCUGAGCCGCCAUGACAUGCUCGCCUGGGUCAACGACUCCCUCCAGCUCAACUACACCAAGAUCGAGCAGCUCUGCUCAGGGGCUGCAUACUGCCAGUUCAUGGACAUGCUGUUCCCCGGCUGUGUCCACCUGCGGAAGGUGAAGUUCCAAGCCAAGCUGGAGCACGAGUACAUUCACAACUUCAAGGUGCUGCAAGCCGCCUUCAAGAAGAUGGGAGUGGACAAGAUCAUCGCUGUGGAGAGGCUGGUGAAGGGCAAGUUCCAGGACAACUUCGAGUUCAUCCAGUGGUUUAAGAAGUUCUUUGACGCCAACUAUGACGGGAAGGAGUACAACCCGCUGCUGGCGCGGCAGGGCCAGGACGUCGCGCCCCCCCCAAACCCAGGUGAUCACAUCUUCAACAAACCCAAGAAACCCAUUGGCACUGCAGUCCCCCAGAGGACCUCUCCCACCGGUCCCAAGAACUCCCCGAACCCAGCCCGCCUCAGCAACGUUCCCAGCAACAUCCUCCGGAAAAACUCCCCUGCAGCGCGCAAUGGGGGCAGCGAAGCCGACGCGCAGAUACUGGAGCUCAACCAGCAGCUGAUGGACCUGAAGCUGACAGUGGACGGGCUGGAGAAGGAGCGGGAUUUCUACUUCAGCAAACUGCGGGACAUUGAGCUAAUUUGCCAGGAGCAUGAGAACGAGAACAGCCCCAUCAUCACUGGCAUCGUCAGCGUCCUCUACGCCACAGAGGAGGGCUUUGCCCCGCCAGAGGAUGACGAGCUGGAGGAGCAGCAGCCAGAGGAGCAGGAUGAGUACUAAACCUGGCACGCUCCUGCGCUGCCCCGCGCCGUUCCCCCACCAUAGACAUUUGAGGUCUGAGCCUGUGCGCCUCGCCCUGCACUGUCACAUGCCACCAUCACAGUCUCCGGCAGCUGAGUCCGCAACCUUGGCAUCCAGCAGCUCCGGUGGGAAGCCACUGUCUCCAUAAUAAAUAGAUGUCCACCCAGCACGGAGCACGGCUGUACCUACGCCGGGGGCUGAGGUGGGGACAGGCUCUGGCUGAUCCUCGCUAUCCCCUGCCCCAUAUUUAUUUCCGUUGUCUCCUCCAGUGCGGGUGCUGCAGCCACCCCGUUGUCCCCACCUGCCCCCUGCGUGAAGCCAGAAGGAAGGAGCGAGUCCUCGGGGUGUUUUCUCCCCAGAGAGGAGCGUGUGCUGCCUGCGCUCUGCCAGCCUGGGGAUGAUGGGGUCAGAGACAGUGCCCCUGGGACCACUGCACGGGGUGGGGCUGAUGCAGGGAGGACAGAGCUCGGAGGAGGGAGGUGUUGCUUCAGGUUCCUGGCACGAUGGAAAAGACACCCCUGACAUGGCCACCUGCCUGCUGGUGGCAGUGAGGGGGGGAUCCUGGCCCCCACAUCAGGACAGGGGGUCAUGAGUGGAAGCCGGUUUCCUCUGUGGCAUGGGGGUCCCCUCGCUCCCUGAGACCUCCCCGGGUCAGGCUGUGAGUGGCAGCAGUGCCUGCCCUGGCCGUCGUCAUCUCCCCAUUGCAUCGCUUGUCUGGUCCAUCACUCCGGUUGCAAAAGCCUGCAUCUGUGUUAAGUUUUAUUUAAAAUAAAGUUGUGUGGUAAAACCUU